AUGGAGUUCGACGCCCCCAGCCACAGCCACGGCGCGCGCCCCGGCACGGCGAGCAGCAGCCACAACAGCGACAGCGGGUCGCCGUCCCCGCGCACGCCGUCGCCCCCGCUCCCCCUCCCGCUCGCCGCCGGCGGGAAGGGCGGGCAGGGCCAGCAGCAGGUGCAUGUGUUCGGCGGCGGCGAGGAGGACGAGCGCCGGCCGUCGCUGCUGCAGGAGCUGUACGACGAGCCCGUCCCCGCGCCGCACCAGCACGGCCAGCAACACCAGCACCACUAUGCGGACUGGACGUCGCCCGCGUCGCCCCCGCUGCCGCACCAGCAGCAGCAACAAGGCCACAGCCAGCAGGGCCAGGGGAAGGAGUACACGAUGGUGCGCCGCGCGACGCUGCCGUAUUCGCGCCAGGAGUACGCGCACCAGCACCCGCAGUACCUCCCCCACCCGCAGCAGCAGCACCCGCAGUACGACAUGCCGAUGAGCGCGGAGCCCGCCGCGCUGCACGGCCAUGGUGGCCAGUUCUACGACGGGGCGUACGACGGGUACUACCACCAGCAGCAGCAGCGCCUCCAGCAGCAGCAGCAGCAGCAGCAGAUGGCGUACCAGAUGCAGCACCUCCCGCACCACCCCUCGCACCUCCCCCCGUCCCACCACCCACACCUCCCCCCGCCGCACGCGCACGCGCACAUGGGCCCGCUCGCGUACGCCGCGCACGCGCACGCGAUCCAGGUGCAGCACACGGACGACGCCGCGUCGAAGGAGACGCAGUACCUCCGCCGGCGCUGCUUCAACUGCCACACGACGGAGCCGCCGAGCUGGCGCCGCAGCACGCUCAACCCGGGCAAGAUCGUGUGCAACAAGUGCGGGCUGUACGAGCGCACGCACCUGCGCCCGCGCCCGCUCCGCUUCGACGAGCUGCGCGCGGGGAACAAGGCGCGCAAGGGCGGCGCAGCCGGUGGCGGCGUCGCGAAAAGGGAAGGCGGCAGUCCGAAGCAGCCCGCGAGCAGCCCGAAGGGGAGGCGCGGCAGCGUCGGCUCGAACGGGAGCGGGACGCAGAGCAGCGGGGCGAGCGACUGGGACGACGCGGCCUCGGUGUACUCCGCCUCGACGCCCUCGACCUCCUUCAACUCGCCGCACCCGCCGCCGCUCGCGCUCGCCUCGCCGGGGCGCUCCUCCGCGUCGCGCUCCCCGCCGCUGCUGUCCUCCCCGCCGCACUCCGCCGGGCUCGCCCUCGGCAUCCGCCUCCCGCACGCGCCCGAGAUCCCCGGCCUGCGCACGAAGCCGCGGAGCAACACGACCGGCGGCGUCGGCAUGGGGUACGGCGCCGGCUCGCCCGCGCACCUCGGCGCCUCCCCGCACGCGGGGUACGCGAGCCCGCCGGGCCACGUGCUGCACCAUGUCGGCAGCAGCGGGAGCCUGCACGACGAGGUGCUGAGCGGCGCGGGCGCAGGGGAGCUGUAUCGAAGGACGAGCAUGCCGGAUAUGCAUGCCGGUCCGGGGACGGCGUGGGAGGACGGGGGGUAUGGCGGGUACGGGAUGGGCAUGGUGAGCGUGAAGGAGGAGCCAAGGAGCGUGCUCGUGUGA